AAAUCACAAACAUCCUGCACUUCAGCGAUUCUUCGUGCUCUACAUUUGUAAGACUAGUCCAUAAGCACAUUUGUCACAGAGCUUACGUAUCUGCUACUCCUUAGUCUUGAACUAAAGCUUCCGUCCUCAGUGUCAGGAUGGGUCGUGAGAGGAAACCAAUCACUGCACGACAGCACAUCACUUCCCUCCUCGUCGCGUCGCUAGUUCUCGGCGUAAUCUGCGGUCCAGCGGCUAUCGCGGCGUCGGAACUCGAAGAUGCCAUCAACAAGGCGAACGCGAGAGGAGCAGGCGCAUCCCCCACCGUGCUCGUCCUCACAUCCAACGUGGAGCUCACCGCCCCCCUCCCCGCGCUCUCAGGCGCGGCCAAGCUGACCAUCAGAGGCGCGUGUGCCACCUCUAGGUGCAUCAUCAGCGGGGGUGGCGCCUUCCCCAUAUUCACCUCCCCCUCAUCCGGCCCCACUGGGGGAGUGCUCACCCUCUCCAACCUCAACUUCCAAAAGGCGGCAGGGGGCGUGCUGUUCAACGUGCGGGCAGCGAUCAACGCGAGUCAAUGCGUGUUCGCCGGCAACACCGCCGCUGGCACGGGCGGAGGGGUGCUCAGUGACACCUUCCCUGCAACAGCCACCCCGCCCUACCGCCUCUUUUCGCGCUGCACCUUCCAGAGCAACACGGCGCCCAUUCUGGGCGGCGGCGCCAUCAGCAUCAACGCCGGGAGCCCCCUGGGGCGCGUCCCUGCGCUCUACUUCCUGCGCUGCCUCUUCAAGGAGAACAGCGCGCCCAGGAGCUUGGGGGGGGCUAUUUCUGUGGCGGGGAAGGGAAGAGUCCGGUUCAAGACGUGCGUGUUUGAAGGGAACAGCGCUGGUGCAUCAGGGGGAGGCAUUUUCUCCUACGGGGCCUCCCUCUCUCUCGCUAAAGUCACCUUCAAAACCAACAAGGCCCUUGGCACCUCUCUGGCCGGGUCUUUUGCGUCUGGCGUUGGUGCUGCUGCCUAUGCUGUCUCCGGCCUUCUCAGCCAAUCAUCUGUCGGCUUCUGCUCCAAUUCGUUUUCGGGCAACUCGGGCAGCACUGCAAACGGGGGCUCGCUGUACCUGCAGAAGGCCCCAGGCAGCUCGAAGUUUAUCGGGGUGGUGACUUUCUGCAAUGGGGGAAAGCCCGCUGGGACGGUGGUGGCGAAGAAUGGAUGGCGGGUGGGGACCAAGUGCACGACCAGCACCUGUGCUUGAGCGCUGCUUGCCACGCGUUGGACCCAAGGCAUGCCACAGUAAUAAAACAAAACGCUGCGCCAGCAAUAUUUUGUGACGUCGAAAAAAUACCACCACCUUCCGGCCUCCUCACUGACAGUGCAUGUGCCCAAUACCGACAACUGCAUGCUACACAAUUUACUUAUUAUAAGCACCCCCAUCUUGUGGGUGCGAUUGGAAACAUACGGCCCUUUCUCGUUUGCUGUCCUCUUGUGGCUUUUAUUGCUGGAAUGGAAUAUUGUGCAUUGCAUGACGUGUGCUGCCAUUGGUACUGUAUAUGACUGAAUAAAGUAUCUUGUAGUGAUUUUUCCUAC